CAGAUCUGAUCGAAUCUAUAACAAAAAGGAAGUUCAUUCUAAAUAUCCUUUGCUGCAAACAGUCAAAAUGAACACAUUUCUUUCCAGAUUGAACACGAUAUUUGCCUUUACAUUAACAGUUUUAGCAGCAUUAACAUUCUUGUGUUUUCUAUCYACCGUGUUUCUUAGCUAUUCGGUCAAAGUCUCUCUAAAGAGCAACAACGCUGAAGUAAAAAAUGUCCAAGAUUUUAGUGUGUCAACAACAAGGAAUGAYCUUGGUGUUUUGUCAUUUGAUCUGAAGGCAGAUUUUACACCACUUUUCAACUGGAACACCAAACAGCUGUUUGUUUAYUUGACUGCUCAGUAUGAAACCAAACAAAAUAAAUUUAACCAAGUUGUUCUUUGGGAUAAGAUUGUUCUUCGAAGUGACAAGAAAUUACAYCUCAGCUACAAUAAUAUGAAUACUAAAUAUUACUUCUUUGAUGAUGGGCAUGGGCUCAGAGGAUUAAAAAAYGUUAGCUUGCACAUGUCAUGGAAUGUAAUUCCAACUGCUGGUCUUCUUCCUCUUGUUAGUGAACAUGGACAAAAACACCUUUUCAACUUCCCAGUUUCCUACACUCCUUACCAGAGAUAAUAACAGCCUUACCAAGAACAUGAUAACUAGACAGAGUACAGGCUGUAUACCUUGAACAACAAAGAAAGAAGUAACUCGUGUCCCAAACACAGAAUUCAACAUUAAGUGCUUUCUGGUUGUUGUUGUUGUUUUUUUUUGUUUGUUUUUUUUUUAAUGUCUAGGCUUUCUACAUAAAAAAUUCCACUUCUGUUGUCUGGACAUUAUUGCAAUAUUUUACUUUGAUUUUAAAACAAACCAAUUAUUAACAAAAAAAAUCAAUAUUAUACAUAGACAACACAGAUAUUAAGACAGCUACUUGGGAAAAUUUUGUAAACUUUAGAGUUUGUAAUCGUGUGGCAUUUUGUCUCUUUGACUAACAUAAACUUGUCCUGGUUGUUAAACAAUCUGGUUUUGAGUUAGCUCUCAUUGUUAGUUCUUCCCUGAAGUUCACUGAUCAAAAUCAAAGUUGUACAAAAUGUUCCUUUUGAAGUGUAGAGAGUUACUAAAAAUAAUUUCAAAAUAUCUUUUUAGCCUGUAGUUCUUGUUUUCAUUUAAUGGUAACUAAGACUAUUAAAAUGUGAGAGAAAUAUUUGUAAAGUGAACGAUUUACAUACAAAUAUACACAAACUAACAAACAAAUGCAGUAAUAAACAAUAUUUAUUUGCUCAGUU